CUUGUGAGUUUGGCAGUUAUCGUUGCAGCUAUUGAAAUUGAGGUGUGGGAGACAGACAAGAGGGAAGCCGUAGAACCAACCAAACCACUCUCUAGGCAACAACAGCAGCAGCAAACUCCUACAACUCUUCACAGUUCCUCUCCCCGCAAUCCACAAAAGCCAACCCGUACGCAAUCUCUCUAUAUGAACUCUGCAAACACUCUAAUCUACACUCCUCAUUCUCUUUCUGGAUUCUCUCUCCUACGCCAUCAAUGCCGUCUCAUACCUCUCCACCUCUCCUGCUCCUUCUCAGCUCCUCGACGCCGUCGUACCCGCCGCCGAAAGAAUCCCAGGCUCUUCUCUGACCCCUCCACGGCCGACCCCUCCCCUGACCCUACGCUCCAAACCGUCAUCGACCUCAACCUCCUUACCUCCCAUACCUCGUCUUUCCUCCAAACCUCGCAAUCCCAUCUCCACGAAUUCCUUUUCUCUGCCAGAGACGCUUACGAAGACCUACAAACUCUCAUCACCCUCGACUAUGACCGUCGGCUUGUCGUUUCGUGCCGCCGCUCUACGGUUCAGUUUGUGGGCGGUUUAGUGGUUUGCGGCUUCGUUUUGGUUUUUUCGUUUUCGGUUUUGUAUAAAUUGGGCUUGGGCUUUCUUCGGCGCCGUUCCGGGUUCGGGAACGGACCGGUUGUGGUGCGCAGGGACCGGAGCCUUGGGGGAAGAGAAGUCGUUGUUGGAAAGAGGGUCAGCGGGGAGAGCAAUCUUAGGGUUUCCGGUAAUCCUCUAUCGCCGGCUUUGCGCGCCAACGUGGGAGUAUCGGAGAGAGUUCCGAAGAAUCGGGUACGGGCACUGGAGAAGAAGUUACCGAAAUGGUGGCCGGUUUCGGUGUCGCCCCCGGGUUUUGUGAUGCAUAAGCAGGAGUAUCAGAGGGAAGCCGACAGGUUGGUUCGAGUGAUCAUCGACAAUAGAAUGGGCGGGAAGGACAUAAUGGAGGAUGAUAUUGUUCAAUUACGUCAAAUAUGCAGGACAUCUGGAGUACGGGUCUCCUUUGACACAACAAAUACACGUGAUUCCUUUUAUCGUGCUUCCGUUGACUUUGUAUUAAAUUCUUGCAGCAGGGUACCAAGUCACUCCACCUCUGUUCAGAUUUAUGAUGAAGAUGCCCCGCAAUUUGUUGCUGGUCUGGCUGAAAACAUUGGGCUUGAAAGCAUCCGUGCUGCAAGAAUCGUUUCAGCAGCUGUUGCUGCACGUACACGUUCACGAUUUUUACAGGCUUGGGCUUUGCAAAUUCAAGGUAAACAUGCUGAAGAAAAACUAGAACUGUCAAAGAUAUGCCUUAUCCUGCGGAUAUUUCCUCCUGAGGAGUACUCUCCUGAGAUGGAGAUGAUUGCUCGAGGCCUGGAGAAACACUUGAAAGUAGAACAGAGAGAAUAUCUGUUGAAUAUGCUCAUCAAUGUUUGCGGUGAAGAGAGUAGUAGAAGUGCAACUGAAGCUCUGGGUUUGAUGCCCUCUCCCGAAGGUAUUGGCGAUCAACAUGAGAGCAAUUACUCGGGAAAAGUAACUUUGUAGCAACACAUUGAUUUGUAAAGAAUCAUAUAUCCGUCUAGAUGAAUUCUUACAGUGGUAUAUUGUAUAUCUGGACAGUUAAUCUCUCUUAUUAUUAUUAUUAUUGGGAAAUAACUUCACUCA